AUGGUGGCCAAUCUAUUUUCCAAUGGACUGCUGCUCGUGCAGCUCUUUGCUGCCAUAGCUUUGGGAAAACCAACCUCCAGCCCUCUCUACAAGGAUCCCCAUGCUCCAGUGGAAAAGAGAGUGAAGGACUUGCUGAGCCGGAUGACCAUUGAGGACAAGAGGUCUCAGUUGACUCAGGGUGAUAUGGGGAAAUGGAUGAAUGAAACUACAGGAGCAUUCAACUAUACCGGCCUGGUAGAGCAAAUGGCCGAGAGGUCAGGCAUGUUCUAUGUCGGAUACCCUGUUCCUUGGGAUUGGAUCUCGGAGAACGUCAAGAGAGCCCAGGACUAUCUCCUCCACAAUACCACUCUGGGAAUUCCUGCAAUUGUUCAGUCUGAGGGUAUCCACGGAUUCUUGAUUGGUAAUGCCACUAUAUUCAACUCACCCAUUGCCUAUGGAUCCUCGUGGAACACAGAUCUUAUCGAAAAAAUGGCGGAAAUCACCGCACAAGAAGCCUCAGCACUUGGUGUUAAUCAGCUCUUCGCCCCCGUUGUUGAUCUCGCUCGUGAGCCUCGGUUUGGUCGGAGACAAAAGGUCGAAGAAACCUUCUCCGAGGAUCCUUUCCUCGCCGGCGAAAUUGGUUAUAGCUACGUCAAGGGUGUACAGGGCAAGAAUGUGUCUGCUAUGGUCAAGCACUUUGCGGGCUUCAGCGCCCCCGAGCAGGGACUCAAUACUGGCCCGGUCCACGGCGGUGAAAGAGAGUUGCGCACAACGUGGCUGCCUCCUUUCAAGCGAGCUAUCAUCGAUGCCGGUGCUUGGUCUAUCAUGGCAGCGUACCACUCAUAUGACGGAAUUCCCGCAGUCUCCGACUACCACACUCUCACCGAGAUCCUGAGAGAGGAAUGGGGAUAUGAAUACUUCGUCAUGACCGACGCCGGUGGAAGUGACAGAGUGUGCUCCUACUUCCACCUUUGCGAGAGCGAUCCCAUCGACAUGGAAGCGGUCACCACGCAGCUGCUGAAUGCUGGAACGGAUGUUGAGAUGGGAGGUGGCUCAUUCAACUUCCAGAAAAUUCCCGAGCUUGUCAAGUCCGGCAAACUCGAUAUUAAUGUUGUGGACACUGCUGUCUCUAGGUUGCUUCGGGCCAAGUUCGAAAUGGGCCUCUUUGAGAACCCGUACCCUGCCGCACCUCAGAACGAAUGGCAUAAGCUCAUUAACGGCCCCGAGGCUGUGAAGAUUGCGAGAGACUUAGAUAAGGAGUCUAUCAUUCUGCUUGAGAAUCACGAUGAUAUUCUGCCUCUGAAGAAGUCGAGUAACAUUGCCGUCAUUGGGCCUAUGGCUCAUGGUUACAUGAAUUACGGUGACUACGUUGUCUACAAGAGUCAGUACCGGGGUGUGACUCCCCUCGAUGGUAUCAAGGCCGCAGUUGAGGACAAUGCCCAAGUCAACUAUGCCCAGGGAUGCGAGCGUUGGAGCAAUAACCAAUCAGGCUUUGAUGAGGCAAUCGAGGCUGCAAAGAAGUCCGACGUGGCUGUCGUCAUUGUCGGAACCUGGUCGCGCGAUCAAAAGGAAAUCUGGUCAGGAGUGAACGCAACAACCGGCGAACACGUUGAUACAGACGAUCUAUCCCUCGUCGGCGCCCAAGGACCUCUUAUCAAAGCCAUUGCCGAAACCGGCGUACCAACAAUCGUCGUUCUAUCAAGCGGCAAGCCGAUUACAGACACCUGGAUCUCAAACUCAACCGCUGCCCUCGUGCAACAGUUCUACCCAUCCGAGGAGGGUGGUAACGCCCUCGCCGACGUCCUCUUCGGCGACUACAACCCUUCCGGCAAGUUAUCCGUCAGUUUCCCCCGCUACGUGGGCGAUCUCCCCAUUUUCUACGACUACCUCAACUCCGGACGCGCCAUGGGCGACGUAGGCCACAAGUAUGAGAACGGAACUCUCGUAUUCGGCCACUCAUAUGUUCUCGGUGACGCCUCGCCAUGGUACCCCUUCGGCUAUGGCAAGAGUUAUUCUACCUUCAAGUAUGGAACUGUUAAGCUCGACAAGAGCAAGAUCUCUGCUUCUGAGAAGACUGUUACUGUCAGUGUUGAUGUGACAAAUACCCAUGCUACUCGUGAGGGUACGGAGGUUGUGCAGGUUUAUAUCAAGGAUGAGAUUGCUUCUGUUGUUGUUCCUAAUCGUCAGCUUAAGGGGUUCAAGAAGGUGGUUAUUCCUGCUGGGAAGACUACGACUGUAAAGAUCCCGAUUAAGGUUGAGGAUAUUGGUCUUUGGAAUACCCGGAUGAAGUAUGUUGUUGAGCCUGGUCGCUUCACUGUCCUUGUGGGUAGCAGCUCUGAGGAUAUUCGUGGUAACGCUACGUUUAUUGUUCGGUGA